UUGAACACACCAGUACAGCGAAAGUCUCGGCAGCUGUGAUUGGCUGUCAGCACCGUGUCUCCUCCUCCUGCACAAUCCUCCUUUCCCGGAAGUAGGAAGAGAAGUCGCACAGAGAGGAAAGUCUGUUGACGUGACGGUUAACAGCAGAAAUCACACCCAGGCCACUGACAACACUUUUACUGUCCUAAUACAUCUGUCCUGCAUAGCAUUGUGCUUUUCGGAAGUAGCAGGAGCUCUCAAGGUAUGGAAUAUGGCAGCAACUGAAACACAGCUUAUGUUAAGCGUUGGAUUAAUCGAGAAAGAUGUGAACGGAGACACUCUGUGGGUGUGGUGCUAUCCCUCUGUGAGCUCAGACCUGAGGCAAGUCCUGCUCAGCAAGUGCUGUCUGACUCAGGACAGCCGGGACUUCCACACCUUUGUGUUCGGGCAGUUCUGUCGCACCUGGUUCUACAUCAGCACUGUGGAGGUGCAGGAACCCACAGCGCUAAACAAGGUCACUCAUUUUUCAAUAGUUGUUACGGCAAAAGACUUCAACCCUGAGAAGUAUGCUGCUCUCAGUAGAAUCCUCUGCAGGAUGUACAUCAAACAUGGCAGCCCAGUGAAGAUGAUGGAGGCUUACGUCACCGUCCUCACCAAAGGAAUUUGCCAGAGUGAUGAAAACGGCUCGUUUCUAAUAAAGGACUACGAUAUUCGGAAAGCCUUCUUGGCUGGUUCAGUCAAAGACGUGGUGUCUCAGUUUGGCCUGGAGACGAUCAUCCUGUACACGGCUCUCAUGCUGAAGAAGAGGAUCGUUGUCCAUCACCCUCGGAUUGAAGCCUUGCUGGAGUUUACAAGAGUCCUGCCCACUCUGACCUGGCACAGGAAGGACUGGUCCAUCCUCCACCCGUACGUUCACCUGACUGAUACUGAACUAGAGGAUCUGAAGAAAUGCCCGGGAUAUGUAGCGGGGUUUGUAGAUCCAGAAGUGAGCAACAGAUCGGACUUGUUUGAUGUUUAUGUGAACCUCCCGGACAGCGUCAUCACAGUAUCCCAGAGUGCCAAAGAGGCCAUGGCUAUGGGGAAGUUGCACAAAGACGUGGGACUUCUCAUCGUGCAGUCUGCGGAGGAUACUGAGAGGUCAGACAGUCAGGUCAUCAAGGAUAUUUCUGUCAAGACUAAAGAGAUCCUGGCUAACUUGGCGGCCCUGGCUGAUCAGUGUGAAGACUCUAAAAUCACGUUGGAAAGUUUAAAGCUGCAUCAUUUCCCCCCGGCCACAGAGAACUUCCUCUUUCAUUUGGCAGCUGCCGAGCAGCUCUUACGGAUAUAGUUUUUUAUUUUUCAGACUCCUUGCUGCAGGAUGAUGUUACCGUCUACAGCAUGGACUCUGGCUCUGCUGUUCUCAAUAUGUCGGGACAUCUCCUGUGGUCUUAAAGGCUUGUGCGCACUCUCUUCUUAUGAGAGUGAACAGAAGACACUUUCUCACAGUUAUCUUCAUGUGAGGUAGGAAAGUGUCACAUGACUCAGAUCUUUACUUGUACCAAUAAAUAAAUGUUUAUAUAUUUUUGAUUGCCAACAAAUCCCUUGAAAAGACCAAAAACAACCAUGACUUGAAUCCUAAACUGCUGACUAUAAUACUCACUACUGCACCAAAUGUGUAUUCAUCCACAGCAAAAAAAUAGUCCCAAAAAGUGCACAAUCUAAUCCUAUUUGAGGUAUCUGUUGUUAACAUUUACACUGCCCAGCUGUUUAAGGAAAUAGCCUUUUAUUUUAUAAAUUCAAGAAUACAUUAGUUUUGCUGCAUGUAUCAGUGGGCUUGGAACUAAGUGCCAAAAAAAGUAAGUUGGACACCGACUGUUGAUUUAGGUGUUUUCAUGGGAUUUGAUGACAUACAAAUAUGAAAUAACUUUAGCCUUGUUUUUGAAAUCAGUAGUUAAGGACAAUAAGGAUCUACAGUGUUUUUCUCUAACUGUGUGAAACGGAGGAAAAUAAACUGGUACUUUUCAGCUGGUACAUCUAAUAAUCUGAGCUCCCACAGUGCAAAGCGGCACGUACAUACAUCACCUUUUUGUUUCCUUUAUGGGAAUAUUGUGCAAACGUUGUAAAGAGAUAUAGAUAUAAAUACGCAGGAGCUGAAAUGCAGUUAUUAUUAAUAUUAAAGAGCUUAUUGAUAGAAACUACAUUUGUGGUUAUCGGAUCAUAAUGUGUGUUUAUAUCAUUUUUUUAACUCACAUUUUGUAUUUUACUAAUGACAAGCAUAUCGUGAUGUACAAGGCUUUUUUUAAAACUUUUAAUCAAAAGGUGUUCCUCAUCAAUAUGCAGCUGAUCACAUAUUAGUGUUUCCAUGUCCAUAUUGAUUUAUACUGAAUCAUGUGUCUUAAGGUCCAGGUUUUCUUUUUUUUUUGUUUUACAGGCGAAUGUUUUUUUAAGCACAGUGCCAAAAAGAUGGUUUUGUGCCUCAGACACAGUGCAAUAAAUGCUAAUUUAACUUUGGAAAAUAAAUGUAUUUUAAUGAAUUCAUGUAAUAUUUUCUAUGUAUAAUACAAUUAAUAUUCCAGAUAAAUACAUUUAAUAUA